AUGGCAACUGCCUCAACGCCACCCGAAGUUGAACCUCCUCCACCGUCAUUGAAAUCUGGCGUUUGGAACUAUUUUGGCUUUCAUGUGAAGUAUGACCCUGAUGGUAAGCGUGUUGUGGACAAAACUACAACAGUAUGUCGGAUGUGCCACGCAAUGCUUAAUUACAUCGGUGGGAACACAACAAAUAUGACUGCACAUUUACGCCGACAUCACCCUAGUGCAAAGACAAGUGGAAGCAGACAAAAACAACAACAAGCACGCAUGCUACAAACUUUACCCGAGUCAUUUAGACAGCCGUUAGCACAUGAUUCUAAGAGGGCAAAAGAAAUUGACAGGGCAAUUGCAACUUUUAUUGCUGUCGACAUGCGACCCUUUUCUGUUGUAGAAAACACCGGGUUUCAGGAAAUGCUGAGAGUACUUGAGCCCCAUUACAGUAUUCCUUCACGAACUUAUUUCACCGAUACCGCAGUUCCUGCUUUGUACAAGGAGACAAAAGCUAAAUUAGAGACUGCAGUGUCAGCAGCACCUGCUGUUGCUCUGACCUCAGACGGCUGGACGUCAAGAGCUACACAGAGCUACCUGACUGUCACCUCACAUUACAUUGAUCCGGAAUGGCAGAUGAAAAACUGUGUUUUGCAGACACGCCUGGUUGAAAGUCACACCACUGACGACUUAGCCAAAGGUCUGUCAGAAGCUGUGGAAGAUUGGAAGUUAGUGCGACCAAAUGUGACAAUACCUGUAACUACUGACAAUGCUAAGAACAUAGUUAAUGCUGUCACAGCUGCUGGGCUGGGGCCACAAAUCGGAUGUUUUGUGCAUACUAUUAAUAUAGCUGCUCAGAAAGGAAUGGCAGUGCAGAAGGUUUCCCAUCUCCUGGCAAAGAUGAGAAGAAUUGUCUCCUUCUUUCACAGAAGCACAACAGGAUGCAAUGUGUUUAAGAAAAAACAGCAAUUGCUGCAGCUUAGUGAAAAAAAACUCAUUCAAGAUGUUCCAACUAGGUGGAACUCCUCUCAUGAUAUGAUGGAAAGAUACCUUGAACAGCAAGCUGCGGUGUAUGCUGCUAUGGCCGACAACACUGUGAAGAAGAGUAUGAAGAACAUUCCCAAUCUAACUCAGGAAGAACAUGCACUGGCUGAAAAUCUCAUUACACUCACGAAAACCCUAAAAACUGUGACAGUCAUGAUGUGUGAAGCAUCAUCUCCAACGGCAUCCAUGAUCCUGCCACUUAAAAUGAACAUCCUGAACUCUAUGGCACAGUCUGAUGAUGACAGCCCAGCAGUGAGAGAUGUAAAAAAAAACAUCAGGGAGGACCUGGAGCAGAGAUACGCUGAUCCUACCCUUCAGAAUUACCUACACAAGUGCACAGCUUUAGAUCCUCGAUUCAAGUCCCUGCGACACUUGGAUGAUGUCACUCAGCUGAGAGUCUAUGGAGCACUCACCACAGAGCUUGUCCUGAGCAUUGAACAAGACCAAGCCGCAGGCACCACAGAAACUGUGACCUCCGCAGAGACUCAAACAGCAAACUCUUCAGAUUCACCAUCAGCAUCUCCACCAGAGAAAAAGUCGGCCAUGAAGGAGUUGUUUGGAGAACUGUUCAUGGCACAGGAGCCAAGGACCAGGUCUGCAGCCGAAGUGUCAGAGGAGGAAAUUAACUUGUACAGGUUAGCAGACUGCAUUCCCACAGAUGAUAACCCACUGAGAUGGUGGAAGAAACAUCAGUGCUUGUACCCUCAUCUUUCCAAGUUGGCACAGUGUUACUUGGUUGUACCUGGAACCUCUGUCCCAAGUGAGAGGGUGUUUUCCACAGCAGGUGACAUUGUCACAGCAAGCAGAUCUGUACUGUCAGCAGAACAUGUGGACAUCCUAAUUUUUCUGAAGAAGAACAUGGAAAUUGAGUAA